AUGUCACGGCAGACUUUUGCGAAGAUCUGCACACAAUACGAUGACUUGUUGAAACGAAAUGUUCGAAAUGUGAAGUCGCUGAUAAAUGCCUCAACUGCGUUCAUGAUUGGAACAGUGCUGGAAAUAUUGGCAGGAUAUGAACUCUCACUGCUUAAUCCGUCCGUGGGAGCUCUACGUGCGAAGUUUUUGUCGAAAAUUCCGCCGCCGUUCGACGAUAUACUGGAAGACAUGGCGACAUUGUUUGGAGGCAUGGUUCAGUGGCCAACGGACAGUGAGCGUCGGAUCAUUGGUGCGAGUUUCGCUAAUAUGACCGGAAUCGACAAUAUUAUUGGCUGCGUAGGAUGGACGGCUAUAAGGAUGGAACCUGCAGAAACUCCGCUGAGAACAGAAAUUCUCAACAUGCAUUUUAUUGCCGACCACGACAUGCGAUUCCGUUGGGUGUUUUCUAAGUGUAGCGACAGUUUAGAUCACUUCGGUGGUGCUGCUCGUAAUUCGUUAGCUGAGCAGUUCAAAAACGGUUUAAUGAAAGGCUUCCUCAUCGGUGAUGAUUCUUAUUCCAACAUGAAACUGCAUUUCCUGUUAACGCCGUCGCGCUUACUGAGUCAGAACAAUGCAGCGCCAGCCAGAGUCAAAGAAUUAUCUAGGGCUCAUCAGCUUGUAAGGACUGCUAUCCAACGGCUGAGAAAACAGUUUGCCAUACUGGACAGUACUUUGAAGAUACACACAACCUUGGUCAGCCAUGUCGUCGUUUUAUGUGCAGCGCUGUACAAUCUAACAAAAGCUGAAGGAGAACCGCCUUUCGAUGACCGUCGUGAUCGUGAAGAAGAUCGGUAG